CUAGAGGUCGACCAGUAGUACCACGUCGACUCUACGUGAGCAAACAGUUCGUGUUAGACGCUUAUCUGAGGUUAUUUUAACUAAUCGACGCGUCAAUUUGAUAGAAACGAAACUAACGACGAUAGAUAUGAGAAUCAGGACGAGUCUGAUCUUUGUGAUUGUGUUCUUAUUUAUUUUCGCAGAUACAGAUGGCCGUAAAACAAGCGGACGAAGAAACGGUAGUACAGGAUAUAGCGCCCGGCGAGGUGGUUCUUCGAGAACGACGCAACGACCUCGAUCAACCCACACAGACUCAAGCCCAAGUAAAAUAGGAUGGAAUGUCCCGCCGAGCACUAACAAUAAGGCAACCGGCACAUCAAGCAAUGCCAAACCUUCGGCUCCGGUGUCUGAGCAGGCUUCCAAGACCAACGCGAUGAAUGUACAAUCAGGAUCUAAUCCGUCAACGAAUAAUAAUCCGCCACCUUAUAGUCCAUCGGGUGGAUAUCCUCGGCAGCCUGCCAACAACCCUUACGGCGCCACGGGUAAUCAAGGAUACCCAUCUUCCAACAUGAACCCCUCAUAUCCCGGUGGCCACUCACCAUACGGUCAAGCUUACAAUCCGUCUAUGCAACAUAAUGCACCGCCGGCCUACAGUCCUUACGGUGGGCAACCUCACGGCGGCGGUUUCGGUCAACCGUCCUAUGGUCAACCGUCCUACGGUCAACCGUCCUACGGUCAACCGUCCUACGGUCAACCGUCCUACGGUCAAUCUGCCUAUGUUCAACCACCCAUCGCACAGGCGCCAGCGCUCACCGUCCUGCAACCUAGCCGACCCGGCAUCGGUCAAUUGGCCAAAGAAGCGCUGGUCUAUUCCAGUGUGAGCGCGGGCGUGAGCGCGGCCGUGAACCGACUGUUACCAGGCGGUAUCUACGGCAGAAGUCCGGGAAGUAGUGAAGGUGGCGGUGGUCACACUCAGAUCACGUACAAUAAUUAUUAUAACAAUCAGUCGGUGCCGGUUAACGGAGAAGUACCUGCCAAUAACAACGGUGCGCCUCCUAAUAGCCCACCUGCCGCAGCCGUGGCGCCGGCUCAGUCGGCGCCAACCGCGGAAGCGGAUAAGAAAGUGACGGAGAUCAACAACGCGCCUAGCAAUGCCGCUCCGCCCAAUAACGCCAAUUCCCAGCCGCAGCAAAACCAGAAUCCGAUCCAGCCGAAUUAUCCGAUUUCCAACGACGAGGUGAAAAAGCUCUCGGAAAAUCUCUUCACGAUAGACAAGAACAACGCGUACAAAUACGUCACCGUGAAUCUACAGGGCGAAACAAAGGAAGACGGCACCUCGGAUGAUGCUUCCUUGCCCCUGCUAGAUGUCAAACCCGAAGCGUACGAAAUUCCGACGAUUAAAAGCACGCUGGCGUUGUACGAUAAUUACGAAAUGGAUGUGAAAACGAAGGAAACCAUCACGCCCGACGAACGUGAAAAGCAAACCGAGCUGCUCGACAAGUUUUUGGAAACUGACGUAUUUAAAGCGGCGAUGAAGUUCCUGGUCGAUAAGGAAUUUAUUCUAAACGACGAAUACGAGUUCAAGGACACUCUGAAACGCAUCUGGUUCUCGCAGUUCCAGCGUGUCGAGGGAAACCCGUCCAGUUCCGGUUUCGAGGCGGUGUUCGUGGCGGAAAAACUCGACUCCUAUAUAAUCGGUCCGCAGAAUUGGAUUUACUUUGCCAAACAAGAGGCGCAGAAGAAUAUCGACUAUCGCGGAUACAUAAAGGAUUUGAAACUGGGAGAUAAGGCAGAGGCUAUCAAGAUACGUUCGGCGUUUAAUAUACCAGACACGAAACAUUCGGUGACGACUCUUCUCGUGGGUCUUUCACCCGAGUUGGAGAUGGCUCUUUAUACAGUAUGCUUCUACGUUCGUCCGAACGACGUUUGUCCGAUCUCAUUAGGUGGAACGGACGUUAAUUUAGUCUCUACCAGAUUCAAUUAUUUCGGCAAAGAUAUUUUGAUCGCCGGCUUUAUUGCGGGAUAAAAAACUCAGAGUUUAGAAAUUGCUAUUAUUUUAAAUAAGAUUAAAAGUUGCAUAAGAUUAAAAAUUUAAGUAGGCACGCAGGAGAAGCGCUCGGAUGACUCUCAUAUCGAAAAAAUUUGUAGAUUGAAAUAUUUAUAUCGUAGAUAUAUACCGCUUUUAGUUUGAAUUACACACAUACAUAUAUAUAUCCGUUAUAAUACUAUAUAAGAAGUAUUUCAUGUUUUUAUCUAUGUAAUAUAUACACGAAUUAAAAUUAUUAGAAAAGAAAUGUGAUGUGAUCUCGAAUCACAUAUAAAUUUAUCUUUGUAAUAAAGAUUGGAAAAAAGUGC